GCCUCAUUAAAGAUAUCCUAUAUCUUAAGCACACGUUGUUCAUUCUUUGGGGCAAGAGGAAAGGUAAAGCUUUGUUCAAGGGCUAGUGGUGCUUGGAGGAGAGAAACGCAUCGGUUCACGAAAAAUCAUCGAGGCCUGAAGAUAAUCAAAUCCUCUAAUUGUACUGCCUUUCAAGAUUUGGGUACAACUUGAUCUUUUCAAAGUUUUAUUUGGGCCGAUUCGUUUAAGCAAAAGCAAGGAGAUAGAAAAAGGGGAAAGAGGUGAAAAAAGAAACUUCUAGACACGAAGGAAGAAAUGACUGGGGGUUUUUUUACUUCCGUUGCGGUGAACCUAGUUUCGAAACUCUGUGAGUACCUCUUUACUCCCAUUGGACGUCAAGUUGGGUAUGUGCUGUGCUACAAGAGCUACGUCAAAGAUCUAGAAAAUGGAUUCCAAGAGCUGGAGACUGCAAAGGAAAGGGUGCAAUGCUCUGUCAAUGAAGCCCGGUAUGAUGGAAAGCUUAUACACACUGAUGUUAAGGAUUGGCUAGAGAGUGUGAUGGAGGAGGCUGAUGAAGUACAACACCUGUUAGAACGUGGCAAAAGUGCACAGCACUCUUGCAUUUGUGGAUGGAUUCCCAACCCUUUGGUGCGCCAUCCAAUAGGCAAAAAGGUGAAGGAGACAACUCAAGUCAUUCAGGGACUCCAUGAGAAAAGUCGAAAUAGUAAUUUCAAGAAGGUCUACUAUGAGAAUACUCCGCCAGGAAUAAUCACUGCCACCACUUCCGCUACAAGAUCUGUUGACAAGAAAGAAGAUGCCCUGGAGUCGAGGGCUUCAAUCAUAGAGGAUGUAAUGAAGGCUAUAGCUGAUGACAAGGUCCAUGUGAUUGGGGUGUAUGGACCAGGUGGGGUUGGCAAGUCCAAGUUUUUGGAGGACGUCAAAAGGCAAGUUCAAGGAGAGAAGCUGUUCGAUGAGGUUGCCACGGCAGAAGUAUCACGUAAUCCAGAUCUAAAAAGAAUUCAAGGAGAAAUUGCUGACACGCUAGGCUUGAAGCUAACUCAUGUGGAAACUGUUCGUGUGAGAGCAGAUCAUUUACGUAAGAGAUUAGAGCAAGAUCCUACGAAAAACAUUCUCAUUAUUUUAGAUAAUUUAUGGAAGAAGUUAAACUUGAAGGAAGUUGGAAUCCCUUGUGGACAUGAUAAUAAAGUAAGAGGCUACAAGCUAUUGCUAACGUCUAGAUUCCGAGAUGUUUUGUGCAUUGACAUGGGCUCUGACCAAGAAUUCCAAGUCAAUGAGUUAAAGCAUGGAGAAGCCCGCAGACUUUUUGAAAGGACAAUAGGGAAUAGAGUUAACAAUCCUGAGUUUAAAAGCUUGGUAGAUGGAGUGGUCAAGAAUUGUGGAGGCUUGCCACUUUUUAUUAUUUUGUUGGCAAAGAGGUUGAAGCAUGGAGAUUUAGCUGCAUGGAGGAAUGCAUUGAAUAUAGAAGAGUCAGAUCUAAAAUCACAGGUGGAACUACAUUACAAAAACUUAGAAGAUGACAGAAUCAGAUUGGUGUUCUUGGUUUGUGCUCUAGACUCUGGGAGAACUUCCACGAGGGAUUUCCUCAUCUACUGCAUGGGUUUGGGUUUAUAUAAAAAAUUCAACAGAACCAUCGAAAAUGCAAGAGAUAGGUUAAUGAUGGAUUUACAUAGUCUACAGGACUCCUCUUUGUUACUAGAUUGUGAUCACAAGGUAUUUUUCCGAAUGCACGACAUAUUUGUUGACGUGGCCAUCUCUAUUGCUUCCACGGAAUGGAACGCCUUGGUCGGCAGGAAGGGUGAUGGGUUUAAAAAAUGGUCAAAGGAUGAGCUCAGAAAGAGCAUGGCGAUAUCUUUCCCUAGGGUUGGCAUUGAGGAGCUUCCUGAAAAAUUGGACUGCCCAAACUUGAAGAUGCUUCUACUACUCGAACGCCAAUCAUCUCUCAAAAUUUCCCCAUCGUUUUUUGAGUCUAUAGUGAAGCUCCAAGUCUUGGACAUUAGUGACUUCUCUUUCACCUCUCUACCUCCAUCGAUUGAGCUCCUUGAAAACCUCAAGUCCUUAUGUCUUGAUGACUGCCAUCUAGAGGAUGUAACUGUUCUUGGAAAGCUAAAAGGAUUGCAAUUCCUAAGUUUCUUAGACUCUACAAUCACUCGUUUGCCUGAAGAAAUAGGUGGAUUAACGGAAUUGAGAUUUUUGGACUUGAGGGGGUGCACUGGGCUCAAAGUUAUCGAACCCGGCGUCCUCAAAAGCUUGGUUAAUUUAGAAGAACUUUAUAUGGAAAAUAGUUUUGAUCAGUGGGAGGCCGAGGAUAAAACACCACAAAAUAAUGCUAGCCUAGCUGAGUUGAAGAACAUGAAGAAUUUGAGCAUUCUGUCCAUUACCAUUCCUUAUUCUGUCAAUCUCUCGAGAGACUUGCCAUUUGGGAAAUUGAACGAGUAUAAUAUCCAAAUUGGGGAAGUUUGGGGUUGGUUGGGAAAAACAAUGAAUCCAGAACUUUAA